AUGGCCUCUCAAGCACUACGCACCCGUGCAUUAAACCUCCGCCUCCGGAGCUUGCAACCCGCUCGUCUUAGCUCAAGUUCCAGCUUCGCAGCGCUCGGCGCUCGACCUCUGCACGUUUCCUCCACCCUCGCUAAGAGAAAUCCUCUUAGCACACGCUCAAUUAUCGAGCCUACUCUCAGCCUGCAAAACAGAGCCUACUCCUUCCUCCACCCGUCCGGGAAACCAACCUCGGACCUCCUAGUCGAAGAACUCCAAGAUCUCUACGAGGCUGCAACGGAUGAAUUCGAAAUCGCGACUGAUAGCACGGACAACGCGACGAUCUACGCUGCUUCGGACAGGGAAUCUGCGCGGGAUGCGUUGAAUCAGUUCAUUGCUGUUUACCAUCUUUAUACCGCGAAGGCUGGGGAGAAGAUGGAUGGUGUUGGUGUUGGAGGAAGUGCGACGGAGGGGAGUCCGGUUGUUGAGACGAAUCAGAAUCCCACUGCUGUGUCGGAUGAUAUUAGAGAUGAGAUUAGGAGGAGGGUUGGACAGAGGGUUAGGGAGUUGAGGAGCGCAGUUGUUAAUUUGGAGGAGAGGGCUAGGGCUGAGUAA